CCAGAAAUCAAGAAUUCGAGCCAACUAAAAUGUCUGAGGUCGAGAAGAAGGAGGGGACGACGCCUAAGGUCGAGGCCGAGGAGACUGAUGCCGCCAAGGACCCGGAGUCGGAGGAGCCGCAGGCCUACUUCGAGCCCGUUGUGAAGCUCGACGAGGUCGAAGUGACCACUGGCGAGGAAGAGGAGGAGGUUAUCUUUAAGCAGCGUGCCAAGGCAUUUUGCUACCGUGAGUCGCUGUUGGACAAGGGAACAGGAAAGAAGACGUGGUGCGAGCGUGGUGUGGGUGAUGUGCGUUUCCUCAAACACAAGGAGCACCAGAAGGUGCGCAUGCUCAUGCGCCAGGAAAAGACGCACAAGAUUUUGGUGAACCACCUGGUGGAGUCGCGUACGGAGCUCACGCCUAACAUGGGCAGCGACCGCGCCUGGGUCUUUAGCUGCUACGAUUUUGCUGAGGGCGUCGUGGAGACUCAGGUAUUCGCGCUGCGCUUUGGCAACGCUGAGAACGCCCAGAAGUUUAAGGAAGCGCAUGACGCCGCCAAGGCCAACAAUAAGAAGCUUGAGGACGGUGCUGAUGCCACUGACACUUCGGCUGGAGACGACGCUGCUAAGGCUCUCGAGUCGCUGAACGUCAAGAAGGAGGAAUAGACAUGAAGCGAGGGACACGCUGUGGACAUUGACUAGCUGAUAAGUAACGCAGCAACACAGGGACCAAGCUGUGGCAGGUGACGACGAACUGGGACUCGGAACAGGUCAGCAACGUGGUGAACAGCUUGUGGCUAGUUGCCUGCUGAGGUUUGGCUCCUUCUUGGAAGUUUUUUUUUCAUUUACUACAUUUUUUCAGACCAUAUACUUCGUCUUCUUCGCGUAU